AUGGCGGGGAGUACUUCUAAAGAAACGCAUUUCUAUUCCGCGUCCCAAGUGCGUACCGGGUUCUACCUGGUCACGAUCCUGUACACUCUCAUUUUCUCUUUCUUACCCGUUCCCAGCGUCGAAAUCACUUCGGAAGUCUUCACGUCCAAACCUCAACCGGCGCGCCACCGCAUGGUCUACGCCCUUCUCAAGGGCGAGAUGGAAGCCCAGGGAGGCAUCCACGCCCUUCAAUUGCGCACAAAGACUCCCGAGGAAGAAGGACGGAUCUCCAACAACACCAGCACCAACACCACACCAUCCUGA